AUGUCCCUUAUGAACCAACAAGAAUUAGAAGAUUGGGACUUUAGAAGAAUCAUAAUAUCCACAAGAAAUAGACUACUAGAUAUCCACAAUACACACAAUACACCAGAAGUCCAAAACGCUAUAGCCAUGAUAAAUAAUUUUUUGGAAGGCAAUGAAAACCCAACCAGUUUAUCAGAUAGUCUUACUGGUAUUCAAACAAAUAUUCCACUUGCCCAACGACUUAUCGCUAAUUUAAUCACAAUGUUGAAUAAUCAACCAGCUCAAUAA